AUGGAAAACAAACACAAGUUAGAGUAUGAGGAAGGUGCUAAGGAGUAUGAGAAAAAUGAUAACGAAGUCAAAGAAGGUGCUAACGACUUUGAGGAAAAUGAUAACGAAGUCGAGGAAUGUGCUAAGGACUUUGAGGAAAAUGAUAACGAAAUCGAGGAAGCUGUAAUGCACUUUGAGGAGGAUGUUGACGACGACGAACCUGCUAACGAGGAAGGUGUUCACGAUGACGAGCGUGCUAACGAGGAACCUGCUAACGAGGAAGGUGCUAAUGACGAGAAAAAAACAAAAAAGAAUUGGGUAUGCAAAAGAGAAGUUGCGAAAGGUUACGUCAUUGUCACCCAACGAACGAGGAAAAAAGGCGAAGGUGCGUCAGCAAGGACAGUGAAGAUAUGGUUGCAAUGCGAUCGUGGCGGCGAACCCAAAAGUAAAGCAUCCGUUUGGCGUUCCGGUAGCAAAAAGGUUGGCUGUCCUUUUAGUCUGAUAGGGAAACUAGACUCAAGUAGUGGUAGUUGGAGCCUUGUGGAGAAGAAAAACAUUCACAACCAUGAGCCUGCUGAAUUUCUCGAGGGCCACGCUUUUGCUAGAAGGCUGACCCCGGAUGAAGAAUCACUGGUGGAGAGACUUUAUCUGCAAAACAUGGAGCCUACAAAUAUACAUUUAACCAUAAGAAAUCAGUACCCACAUAGCAUGUGCAUUCUAAAAGAUGUACAAAACGUGAUUAAAAAGAUUAAACGAAAAAUGUACGGCGAUCGAACUCCAAUGCAGAUAUUGGAGAGCAUGUUGCAAGAAGAAAGGUACGUUUAUUUCACCAGAGUGAAUCCCUCCACAAACGCGGUCGAGGAGGUUUUUUCGUUCAUCCGGACUCGUACAACAUGUGGCGUGCAUUCCCAGAUAUGUUGA